AUGCAAGAUGACUCCGGGUUGUCAAUGGCUGAUGGAUUACGGUAUGAAUCAAAACGUAAGGAGAUUGAGGAGACUUUGCGUCAGCAAACCGCUUCAAUCCGCCGUCGAAAAACCGAGGAGACUCGCAACGCGCUUAUCGGAUGUGAACUUGUUGAUCCACUUUAUGCGGUCGGUGAUUCCGAACCUUUUGCCAAUGCCGGUGAUAGCCUGACUGCCGAAGUUUUAGAUACCUAUAUCUCCGGUUUCACGGCAGAUGAGUAUCAUACGGUAAUAGAGGAUACCGCCGCUGAGGCCUUCAUUGCUGAUCCGUGCUAUAGGGUAACGAGUGUUCCUGAACCUGUUCCUACUAUCGCGAUGCCUACGCUUGAUGCCUUAGCCGAAGAAGCAGUGCCUACCGACAGCGACGCGGAUGAGAAUUUUGAAGAUGUAGGAAUAUCCUCAGUUUCACCUUCAGAAAUCGUCAACACAGUGCAAGCAUAUUUGAGCGAAGUUUUGCAGCCACUCUUGGGAAAUAGUGAGUUACAUUUGCAGGAAGAAGAACCUUUAAGUGCGCAAGCGGUCCAUGCUGAUGUUUCACUUCUCGGUUACGACGGCAGCGUGGUUGCUAUUGCUAUGCAUAAGAACGCUUACGCCGACGAUGAAAACUCCGAAGAUGAACCUGAUACCGAGCAACUCAAGGAGACGCUUACUGCAGCGAACGCUCGGUUCGCGGUAUUGGUGGCGGAAGGUGAUCCUGACCUGAUAACUGGAAUUUCUAUGAGCUUGUGGACAACACAGUGUUGA